CGCGGCGGUGGCGGCCAUGGCGGAGCGGGGCGGCGGCGGCGACGGGGAAGCGGCGGCGGCGGGAGAGCGCUUCGGCACUGACCUCCGGAUGGCUCAGCAGCAGGCUCUGCGGUUCCGCGGCCCCGCGCCCCCCCCCAGCGCGGUGUUGCGGGGCCCCCCGCCCCUCCUGCGGCCGCCGCCGCCCUUCGGGAUGAUGCGGGGCCCCCCUCCGCCUCCCCGGCCCCCCUUCGGCCGCCCCCCCUUCGACCCCAGCAUGCCCCCGAUGCCUCCUCCAGGGGGGAUCCCCCCGCCCAUGGGACCUCCGCACCURCAGAGACCACCAUUUAUGCCUCCUCCCAUGGGUAGCAUGCCACCACCUCCUGGUAUGAUGUUCCCUCCAGGAAUGCCGCCGGUCUCUGCGCCGGGAACACCAGCAAUGCCCCCAGCUGAGGAGAUCUGGGUAGAGAACAAAACUCCAGAUGGGAAGGUGUAUUUCUACAACGCACGGACACGGGAGUCAGCGUGGAGCAAGCCGGACGGGGUCAAGGUCAUCCAGCAGUCAGAGCUGACCCCCAUGCUGGCAGCCCAGGCCCAGGCUGUGGGGGCCUCCACCCCCACCACCAGCAGCCCUGCAUCUGCAGCCUCUCCAUCCACCUCGUCCAGCUCGCAGUCCUCCACCACCUCCACCACCACCACAGCCACCUCCGUGUCCCAGACUAACUCCACACCUACCACACAAGACCAGACCCCGAGUUCGGGUGUUUCAGUUGCCACACCAUCAGUCAGUGUUUCAACCUCUGCUCCUUCUGCUACACCUGUGCAGACUGUACCCCAGCCAGUCCCACAGACAUUGCCUCCUGCAGUUCCUCAUGCAGUACCUCAACCAACUGCAGCAAUUCCUGCUUUUCCACCAGUAAUGGUACCUCCAUUUCGUGUCCCCCUUCCUGGCAUGCCUAUUCCACUUCCAGGAGUGCUGCCAGGCAUGGCUCCCCCCAUCGUGCCCAUGAUCCACCCGCAGGUGGCCAUCGCCUCCCCUGCCACGCUGGCCGGAGCUGCUGUCUCCGAGUGGACAGAGUACAAAACAGCCGAUGGAAAGACUUACUAUUACAACAACAGGACCUUGGAGUCCACGUGGGAAAAACCGCAAGAACUGAAAGAAAAAGAAAAAAUGGAAGAGAAGGUCAAAGAGCCAAUUAAAGAGCCCUCGGAGGAGCCUUUACCAAUGGAGACAGAAGAGGAAGAGCCAAAAGAAGAACCUAUAAAAGAACUGAUAAAGGAGGAGCCAAAAGAGGAAGAAAUGACAGAGGAAGAGAAGGCAGCUCAGAAGGCCAAGCCGGUUGCCACCACCCCUAUUCCAGGCACGCCCUGGUAG